AUGCGUUUCUUUACCAAAUUGAAUUCUUCGGGCUUCUCCCCUCCCCUGCACAGCUGCAGUUGUCACCUGAGGAGGACCUGGUACGCCUGUGCUUCCUAUGACCGGGGGGAGGGAGGGGGGCGUGUAGUGUACCGUCGGGUGUUGAUGAGAUUGAUGACCCAAGAAGGGAAUGCGAGCGCGGCUGUGCCAUGUUCAAGUUGUGUCUGUUGGACGGGGGUGGGACGAUGA